GCGGUGACGUGAGUCCAGGCGCGGGCCCGCUCGGCGGCGCGCAGUGCUCGGCCCCGCGCCGGGGAGCGGCACUUCCGCGUGAGGCGAGCGCUCUCCGGUGCCACCGAGGGGAGGGCGGGCGAAGAUGCAGCAAAUCCCAGAGGACGUCAAGAGCCUGAUUGCAGAGACUGAAUUAUUUAUAAACGAGAUACUGAAGGGAGAAAACCUGACAAAGAAGGCGAAAGAAAAGAGAGAAACUCUUUUGAGAAAGUUUAAGGUUAUCAAAACAAGCUAUCCUCAGGAGUUCCAAGAGAGAGGGGAAUCAGAUGAUUCUGACAGCCAUGAAGAAUCUUUACUAGACGGGGCUUCCUUGGCAUCUGAUCGUAAUGAUAACCAUGAAGAAGCUAUUGCUGAUGUUCAGCGAUCCCCUCCAAUACCUGCACAGGAACUGAAUCAAAUUCUGAAAGCUGGGUAUUUGGAAAAGCGACGAAAAGAUCACAGCUUCUUUGGAUCAGAAUGGCAGAAACGCUGGUGUGUGCUCAACAACAAUAUUUUCUAUUACUAUGGAACAGAGAAAGAUAAACAGCAAAAAGGUGAUUUUGCCAUAGAUGGAUACAUAGUCCAGAUGAACUCUACUAUGCGGAAAGAUGCAAAGAAGGACUGCUGUUUUGAGCUUACUGCUCCUGAUAAGCGACUAUAUCAGUUUGCUGCGGCUACUUCCACUGAGGCAGAGGAAUGGGUUGAACAGCUUCAAUUUGUAUUAAAAGACAGAGAAUCUGGCGUGAUCCCAGUAGAUGAUGACGGUGAAGAAAUGUAUGAUGACAUAGAUCCAGAAAUCAGUGAUGUAAAAUCCGGCCAAGAACCCAUAGAUGAAGACAUUUAUGAAGAGCUUCCAGAAGAAGAGAACAAUUUGGCUCAACCUCCAGCGGUAUUAAAUGAAGCUGAAAAGAAAUGAGCCUACAAAACUGGUGGGAAUAAAACAGAGAAAGCAACUGACUAUGCCAAUUAUUACCAAGGAUUGUGGGAUUGCUCAGGGGAUCAGGCUGAUGAACUGUCUUUUAAACGUGGUGAUGUCAUCUACAUUAUUAACAAGGAAUAUAAUUCAUUUGGGUGGUGGAUAGGAGAAAUGAAGGGAAUGAUUGGCUUGGUGCCUAAAGUGUACCUAAUGGAGAUGUACAACAUUUGAGAAGGUCUGGCUCGAGCAACUCAAGCUAUUGGAGACUGCACACCGGCUUUAUAUAACAUCUUUGCUGAAUACUUGGCCAGUAUAUUUUCAUUGCUUUCAAGACUUGUCAUUACAACUUAAUCAAUUGUAGACAAACUCAAAAUCGAAGGGGAUGAGGCUGAUUUUCCUUCCUUUCCCCCAGAGUAUCUUGAAGUAACUGUAAGCACUGUUUUCUGUCUUGUCUGUUUCACUUUAUUGAAUCUUGUUCUAAUGUUCCAGUCUGCAAAUUUUAAGGUUCAAAUAAAGUUUAAUUGUGUGCAAACUGUUGUUAUGCUAAUAAUUUAAAUGCCUGCUGUGUAACUAAUGAAAUUACUGUGUUAUGAUUAAUUUGGAAACUGGUAUGUUGAUUGUAGUAAUUGAACACAACAAGGUGAAGUAAAUGAUUAUGAUGCCAUAUGGCCUGUUAAUCUCAAAAUUUAAAAGAGGAUGAGCAUUUUCUUCCAAGGAUUUUUUUAAAAUAUUUUAAAAACAACUUUUUUUGGCAGAUUGUAAAUUAAUUCAAAAUGUUUUGUUGCUGUUAACUCUCAAGAUAUUAGUACUGAGAAUCUCAAAUUUUGUUAUAAAUGUUGAACUUGGAAAGUAGUAAUAAUUUUACCUGUUGAUUAACCUUAUUAAAAACGCAACUCAUUUCAAUGGCUCUUUGUUUAAUAACAAAUAAUCUUUUGCGUGCGCAAGACUUUAUCAGUAAGUCUGCCUGCAUAAUUCUGGUACUCUAGUUAUAGUUUCUAAAUGAGGAGUUUCUUAAAAACAGUCACUGUAUUGGUGGAUGUGGCUGAUAGAAACUGCAGAUUAUUACCUACAGCUAAAAUGAAGACGACAUCAUGUACAUAUUAAACUCAGUCAUCCCUUGAACUAAUUUUAAUUGGAGCCUUGUUUAUUUCUGCCAAUCUUUUUUAAAUCUCAGUUUAGUUUUUGGUUAAUUUUAAAAUUUGUGCAAAUAUACAAUUACAUUUUGCAUUCUGGCCACCACAAGAAUGAAGAAUUUUAUGGAUGAUACAGAAUCAAAGAUGGAUCAAAUUAAUUUGUAUUUCUAAUUUUCAGAGACAAUGUGUUCAAAAAUCAAGUUAAGUUUCUGGAGUCAGUGAAAACAUUAACAGAGAGGAAAUAAAUGAGUUGCAUAAUAAGACAUAAAUGUUUUUUUCCACUCUUUAUCACUGAUAAUAGGUAGCACUUUCAUGAAAAGAACCAUUUUGCAAAGCACACAUCACUUAUUUUGUUUCAAUGCCUUUAUAUGAAAUGGAUACACAAACAAUUAAACCUGCCAAUGUACCUAAUUUUCAUAAGUUGCAUUAAAAUCAGUGGAUAAAUAGCAAAGACAAGAUACACUAUAAAGGCUGUCUGCUGGUGCCACAUGAGAGGACUUGUUCCAUUUUUUUUAAUGUAGCUGGCUUUAACCCCAUAAUUUAUGAAUAGUUCAAUGAAGAUAAAAAUUGGUGCUCUAGCAGUGAUCACAUGUACUAAAUCUGAAUGCAUGAUGAAACAAAAUUUUUAUUUGUGUUUAUGCCUAUUUCAGUGUUUAUCAAUGUACCUUAUUUUUAUGCUUAAUAUCCAUUGUUUUACAUUGGAGUUUUGCUUGUAAUUAAGAGACUCAUUGCAGCACAGCUCCAUUACAGAGAAUAAAUCAAACCUAGUCAUGCUGAGGAAAAUUCAUAAAAACCACUGAAGCUAUAACAGCAAAAUAUGAAACCACCUUUUGUACACGUUUCAAGUCUAAACAUUUUGGAAGAAAGGCUAUUGUUAAUAGGUAGGUACUGCAUCUAAUAAUUAAAGUCUACACAAUAUUGAUACUGUAAUCUACUGAUGAUUACUUGCUGAUUCUUUAACUAUUGAAAAAGAAAUCACUGAAUGAUCUGUGGUUGGUUUAAUAAUAAGUUUCCCUUACUUCAUACAUAAUGCAAUAUAUUGAGAAACUUACAUCAAGCGUAUCUAGUACGUACCUUAGGGAGAUAACAUUGUGAUGUAUUGAGCAAAAAAAUAGUUUCCAAUGUAAAUGUGUUUCUUUGAGAAUCUGACGAUUUUACAUCAUGUUCAGCACAGAUGGGAACCUGUAAUCAGAAAUAAAACUGCAGAGUUAUUUUCCACGUUUGAACAAAUAUAAUUUUGUACAAAGUUUAUACUUUGUUCCAUUUUGUAAAAGUAGCAGAGAUACUUUAACAAAGGAAGAUUUAUCAACUUCAGUGUUUAUUUAACUAUUGGCUUUUCAGAUUAGGAUGGGUCAUCUUUAUUUUACCCAACAAAACCAGAAGAGGUAACUUAUGAUAAUAUAAAGUGUAUUUAAAUAGGAUUGUAUAACUUUUUUAUUUCUGAUGGCUUGUCAGUUGAACAUCAUAUAAAGAGCUAGUUGAAGACAAUGAAAUAUACAAGAAACGGCAAUUGUUUGCUCAUGUUAAUACAUCUUUCCUUAAUGAAUCUGGUAAUAUCUAAAGGGCAGGCCAAACCAAUAAAUGUUCUGCAAUAAUUUAAAUAACAAUUUCAUGAAUAUGUUGUUCCUAUUUCAUAACCAUUAAUACAAUCUAUGUUGCAAUCUAUGCAAUGAUUACAUUAGAAUUCUCCUAAACAAAGGGGAUAUUUGCAAAAGGUGAAGUGAUGAGUCGAAUGUUCAUUUAUCGUCCACAGAGCAAGGUAAUAUGGUGGAUCCCUGUGGUUGCAGCUUGUGGUGCGGAUCAUCUGCUCAUUCUUCAGGGGCCGCUUUAGCAGCAGUACAUAAGGUGAGGAGGAUAAGCCCGAGAAGGAAUCAGUGUAUUUCUAACUGAAUUGCGGUAUUAGGAGCAGAUUUCAAGGAAAUGCCAACCUUUGCUGCUGCAAUGAAAUUACCAGUGCAAAAUAGUGUUGGGAAUGGGAACUAGGACUGUGCCAGACAGAUGGCACACCCUGCUGUGCCUUUGAUUGAAAAAGAAGGGUAACAUUUGCAGGGAUGUCAGAAGAAUGGUGAUCAGCUAAACAAAUUAGUCUCAGAAGUGCUCCAUUGUAAGUGCUAACUCUGCUGCAGGGUACACCAGGAGCUGUAUUUCAAAAUAGACCAUGUUUGCAUUUUUUUAAAUUACGUAAAUAUAGGAAUCUGGGGUCCAGGGAAGAUAGACCAUUUG